AUGCAUGUGUGUCGCACCGCCGCCGCCGCCACUAGCGCUCCUCGUUUCGCCUCCGCAGAAGAGGUACCAUCAGCGGCUUCUGAUAUUGUGGACGGGAUCUCGAAGGAGCAGCACCAGAAGCGAACGGCCAAAAAGAACGAUAGGGGAGAUGGAGUGAGGGUAGCUGAAGAUGGGAAUGGUGGUGAGAUUGGUUGCGAUGAUUGUUAG